CGCCACGCCAGCGGCGGCGGCGCAUACAACCAGCCCUCGGGCCGUCUCUUUGCCGAGCAGCCGCUGGCAAAGGGCCAGCGCCGCGAGAAGGAGGACUGGGAGCGCAUGUGGUUCUGGGGCAUGUGGGGCGGCAUGGGCCUCGCAACUGUGCUGCUGUGGUACAAGCCCGACACGAGCAUCAAGACGUGGGCCAUGGCCGAGGCCAAGGAGCGUCUGGAGAAGGAGGGCGGCACCUGGAAGUACGUGCCGUCGGCCAACUCGGGACACCCGAACGGC